AUGAUUUUGGUGGGCACUACUCGGCUAGUUGCUCUUGUUGUUGAUCUUUUUGGUACUGAUGCAUUUGAUGUAGCCAUUGAAUUCAAGGUCUCCCCAUAUAUUUUCUUCCCAUCCACGACCAUGAGUUUGUCAUUGUUCUUUCAUUUGCCAAAGCUUGAUGAGACUGUGUCAUGUGAGUAUAGAGAUCAUCCUGAACCGGUUCAACUUCCGGGUUGCAUUCCGGUUCAUGGAAGGGACCUAUUGGAUAUGGUUCAAGACAGAAAGAAUGAAGCAUACAAAUGGAUUCUUCACCUCGCAAAUGGUUUUAAACUGGCAGAGGGUAUUAUACUAAAUAGCUUCAAGGAAUUGGAGCCACGAGCUAUAAAAGCUUUACAAGAACCGGGUAAGCCGGCUGUUUAUCCUAUUGGCCCGGUCAUACAAAUUAAUUCAAGUAGGGAGAGUGAUGGGUCAGGUUGUUUGAGAUGGUUGGAUGAUCAGCCAAGUGACUCUGUGUUGUUCAUUUCAUUUGGGAGUGGUGGGACCCUCUCAUAUGAUCAGCUACAAGAACUUGCAUUAGGGUUAGAAAUGAGUGAGCAGAGAUUUUUAUGGGUUGUUAGAAGUCCAAAUGAUAGAGCUGCCAAUGCCACAUUCUUCAAUUCCCAUGGUCAAGAGGACCACGCUUUUGAAUUUUUACCAAAAGGGUUCAUUGGUAGAACCAAAGGGCUUGGUCUCGUGGUACCCUCUUGGGCACCACAAGUCCAAAUCUUGGGUCAUGGCUCGACCGGUGGAUUCUUGACUCACUGCGGUUGGAACUCAACGCUUGAGAGUGUGGUCAAUGGCAUACCUUUGAUUGCUUGGCCAUUAUAUGAAGAGCAAAAGAUGAACGCAGUAAUGCUAACCGAUGACAUGAAAGUGGCAUUGAGGCCAAAAGUUGGUGAAAAUGGUGUCGUGGGGCGGCUUGAAAUCGCAAAGGUUGUGAAGGGUCUAAUGGAAGGAGAAGAAGGAAAGGAGCUUCGCAACCGAAUGACAGACCUACAGGAUGCAGCUGCAAAGGAGCUUAGCGAAGACGGGUCUUCUAUAAAAGAACUUUCUGAUUUGGCUUUCAAACGGAAGCAUAAGAUAAGAUCAGUACUUAAAUAG